CGUUUUUAAACACUUUAUGUCGAAAAAACUUAAAAGAAAUUCUUGCACAAGUUUUGCCUCUCAUUAGUCAAUCCUUUUGGUGUCUAAAGUUAACUGUGGUCGAUGCAUGACAGUCACUUGGUGUCGGGGAAACUUACCUGCAACAGCAGCUGGAAACACCGUCCCCUCACGUUCCUCUGUAGCCUACCCGGAACCGUAGCCACUUUUCUCGGCCACAUUUAACUUCACAGACCGCUAAACUUGAGCGGAGGGGGUGUAAGAGUUUCUGCACACACCUGUUCAGCAGAAUAAAAUGCCUCGGCCGGGGAGGAACACGUACAGCGACCAGAAGCCUCCCUACUCCUACAUCUCCCUCACGGCCAUGGCCAUCCAGAGCUGCCCGGAGAAGAUGCUCCCCCUCAGCGACAUCUACAAGUUCAUCAUGGACCGGUUCCCGUACUACCGGGAGAACACGCAGCGCUGGCAGAACUCCCUGCGGCACAACCUCUCCUUCAACGACUGCUUCAUAAAGAUCCCGCGCAGACCGGACCAGCCCGGGAAGGGCAGCUUCUGGGCUCUGCACCCGAGCUGCGGAGACAUGUUUGAGAACGGGAGUUUCCUGCGACGCCGGAAGCGAUUUAAAGUAGGUGGCAUGCAGGUGACAGACCCGCUGGCUGCCACAAAGACGCAGGACGCGGCUCUCUUCCUGCAGCAACAGCAACAGCAGCAGCAGCAGCAGGCCAAGCUGCGGCUCAGCGCGCUGCAUGCCGCGGCCUCCGCCGGACACCUGCCGCUUCCGCACAUGCCGGGCGGAUACAGCUCCGUGUCGCAGCCGUCUGGCUUCAAACACCCUUUCGCCAUAGAGAACAUCAUCGCCAGAGAGUACAAGAUGCCGGGCGGCUUGGCGGCCUUUUCCUCCGCGGGAUACCCGCCGCUGCACAGCCAGCUGCCCCCGGCCUGGCCGCAUAUGUACGGCUCCGGGAUGAUGGACAGCGCGGCGGAGUACUCCGCGUACAUGCCGCUCAAGUCGCUGUGUCACGGUGGGCAGACACUUCCCGCCAUCCCCGUGCCAAUUAAAGCCACCCCCGCCUCAAUGCCGGGGCUUCCGCCGGGGCUGCACACACACAUCCCGGCCUUCCUGGCGAACUCUCCCCAGUCUCUGAGCCCCACAUCCCCGCAGACAGCCACCGGACAGAGCAGCCCCGCUGCGCCCGGAGAGGCGCUCUCUGCCUCGGCCUCCGCGGCGCUGCAGUCCGCGGUGCCGGUGCACUGACGAGAAGCUGACUUUCUUGGUUUUUAAAAAAAAAAUAUA